ACGACAGCAGCCGUCGCGGCAGGCAUGUAUCUCGAUGCCAAAUAUGCUAUCCGACGAGACGUGAGAGAUAUACGGCGUGUGAGGAGUGUUAUGAAGAUGUAUACUGAAGCCGUAAAAAACAACCGCCAAUCACUCUACUACUUCUUCGAAGCCUCGGUCCUGGCCCACCCAAACAGUGACUGCAUCUGGUCGCGGACCGGCUGCUACACCUGGGCGCAAACCUCCGUACGUGCAAACCAAUACGCGCGGUUCUUCCUCGCGCAAGGCGUGAGACCGCACGAUUAUGUGGGCUUCUACCUUAUGAACAACCCGGAGUUUAUCUUUGCGUGGCUGGGACUGUGGGCCAUUGGCGCGGCACCCGCGAUGAUCAAUUACAAUCUGGGGGGCAGGGCGCUGGUGCAUUGUUUGGGGGCUAGUGGGGCAAAGCUGUUGUGCGUUGAUGAGGAUGGGGGGUUGCGGAGGAGGAUUGAGGAGGAGAGGGUGGGGAUUGAGGGGUUUGGUAUGAGGACUGUUGUUAUGGGGGAGGAGGUUAGGAGGGAGAUUGAAGGGUUGAGUGGGGAGAGGAUGGAGGAUGGGUUGAGGGAGGGUGUGAGGGGUGAUUGGCCUAUGGCUAUGUUUUAUACUAGCGGAACAACGGGUAUGCCAAAGGGAGUGCCGUUUAAGAUUGAUCGAGGAUUUGCGGCAAGUCAAUCCAAAGUUCCUUCAUUCCAACAAGGAGCUGCGAAAGCAACAGGUAUCUUGUGGAUGAAAGACGACGAUAGAUGGUACGACGGUAUGCCCUUCUACCAUGGAACCGGCGGCGUCCAGGCAAUGACUAUGAUGAUGUGGGGCAUCACGCUCUGCAUCGGCAAGAAAUUCAGCACCUCGCGAUUCUGGAGCGAAGUCCACGAUUCUCGAUCCACCUGGAUCACAUACGUCGGCGAGACUGCCCGCUACCUACUCGCAGCACCCCCCUCACCUCUCGACAAAGACCACAACGUUCGGGGCAUGUACGGCAACGGCCUCCGUCCCGACGUCUGGAUCAAAUUCCGGGAACGCUUCAACGUGCCUGAAGUCGUCGAGUUCUUCAACUCGUCCGAAGGGGUAUUCGGACUGGUGAAUUACUGCAGAGGUGACUAUCUAGCUGCCUGUGUAGGCCAUCAUGGCGCGAUAGCCAGAUACAAUAACCGGAAUCUCAUUGUCCCAGUGCUUAUAGACCAGGCGUCUGGCGCCAUUGCGCGGAAUCCGAAAACAGGCUUCGCCUACAGACAGCCAUAUGAAACAGGGGGCGAGGUCAUUGUGCAAGUCGCCAAUGUGAAGCAAUUUGCAGGCUAUUUCAACAACCCCGAAGCAACGAUGAAGAAGUUUGAGAGAGACGUGUUUAAGAAAGGGGAUUUGUGGUACCGAAGUGGUGACGCGCUUCGGAGAACAGGGGAUGGGAGAUGGUUCUUCAUGGACCGACUCGGCGAUACGUUCAGGUGGAAAGGAGAGAAUGUCAGCACGGCAGAAGUAGCAGAGGUCCUAGGACACUUUCCCGGAGUCGUCGAGGCCAAUGUCUAUGGUGUGGCGCUGCCAUCUCAUGAUGGAAGGGCUGGAUGUGCGGCCGUCUACAUUGACCCCCAUGCGAAGCACACGUUUGACUUUGCCGGCCUUCUCAAACAUUCACGCACCCAGCUCCCCAGAUACGCAGUCCCGGUCUUCAUCCGCAUCGUGAAGGAAAUGACGCCUAUCCACAACAACAAGCAGAACAAAGUACCACUGCGUGAAGAAGGCGUUGAUCCGGAAAAGGUAAAGGCUGAUGAUACGGUGUUGUGGGUUGAUGAGAAGGGGAGGGGACAUACGUAUGUGGAAUUCAGGAGGGAUCAUUGGGAAGACUUGAAGUUGGGCAAGGCGCAGUUGUAG